CAAGGAAGCUGGCCGCUGUGCUGCUUGUGUGGAGCUGUUUUCGAUAGUUUUGUGAUUGUGUUACAUCUAAAAGUUAUAAAUUAAUAUCAUAAUUGUGUUUUAGUUACACAAUUUUUGUUUAAAAAUGGCAAUGCAACCACAUAGUAAGAAGAGAGUGUGCUAUUACUAUGAUAGCGAUAUUGGUAACUACUACUAUGGGCAAGGCCACCCCAUGAAACCGCACCGCAUACGUAUGACUCAUAAUUUAUUGUUGAAUUAUGGAUUGUAUAGGAAAAUGGAAAUCUAUAGGCCGCAUAAAGCAACUGCAGAUGAAAUGACCAAGUUCCACUCAGAUGAUUAUAUCAGAUUCCUUCGGUCAAUUCGGCCGGAUAAUAUGUCUGAAUACAACAAACAGAUGCAAAGAUUUAAUGUUGGAGAAGAUUGCCCAGUAUUUGAUGGACUAUAUGAAUUUUGCCAAUUAUCAGCGGGAGGUUCCGUAGCUGCUGCAGUCAAGUUAAAUAAACAGGCAUCAGAAAUCUGCAUCAACUGGGGCGGUGGUCUCCAUCAUGCCAAAAAAUCAGAAGCAUCCGGAUUCUGUUACGUGAAUGACAUAGUCCUGGGCAUCCUGGAGUUACUCAAGUACCACCAGAGGGUCCUGUACAUCGACAUUGAUGUACACCAUGGAGAUGGAGUGGAAGAGGCGUUUUACACCACGGACAGAGUUAUGACUGUGUCUUUCCAUAAGUAUGGAGAGUACUUCCCUGGCACAGGUGAUCUACGAGAUAUUGGAGCUGGCAAAGGAAAAUACUAUGCAGUGAACAUCCCACUCCGAGAUGGCAUGGAUGACGAGUCUUAUGAAUCGAUCUUUGUUCCAAUCAUAUCCAAAGUCAUGGAGACUUUCCAACCGAGCGCUGUAGUGCUGCAGUGUGGUGCUGACUCUCUAACAGGUGACCGAUUGGGGUGUUUCAACUUGACGGUGCGAGGGCACGGGCGGUGUGUGGAGUUAGUGAAGAGAUUCGGACUCCCAUUCCUUCUAGUUGGCGGCGGAGGUUACACUAUCCGUAACGUAUCCCGCUGCUGGACUUACGAGACGUCCGUCGCGCUCGGCGUGGAGAUCGCGAACGAGCUGCCCUACAACGACUACUUCGAGUACUUCGGGCCGGACUUCAAGCUUCACAUAUCACCGAGCAACAUGUCUAAUCAGAACACGCCAGAGUACCUGGAGAAGAUCAAGAAUAGGCUAUUUGAAAAUCUAAGGAUGUUACCACAUGCGCCUGGAGUCCAGGUUCAAGCAAUACCAGAAGACGCUGUAAAUGAUGAAUCAGAAGACGAGGACAAGGUUGACAAGGACGAAAGAUUGCCACAAAGUGAUAAGGACAAGCGUAUCACCGGGGACGGCGAGUUAUCGGACUCGGAGGACGAGGGCUCGGGCGGGCGGCGCGACAACCGCUCCUACCGCAGCGCGCAGCCGCGCAAGCGCCCGCGCCUCGACAAGGAGCCCGGCCCGCUCAAGGACGAACUCAAACCGGAAGAUUCAAAAGAUGACCUAAAGAAUUUAAGCACAGCGGAGGAACCAAAGAAAGAAGUCCCGCCCAACCCCUGAUGCGAGCGGUAGGGCCACCUCAAGUUUAGCCUUAGUUCGUAACGAUAUGAGACCGAUAUAUCGUUACAUUUUACUCACCCAGCAUAUCGACUGCCUUCAUUGUGUAAUGAUAUGCAAGUAAGGCUCUCAGAUAUUUUGGCAAGUAAUAAAAUAAGGAUUUUUUGUGAAAAGGGAAUUCAAUCAGACACAUCAAUCCGAGCUUUUUGGUGCACAAAACAAGUGCCUACGUUAAUUUAUAGACAAAAAUAGGUCGGUGAAACUUCAUAAUGAUGAACAACCGAAAUCUAGAUGCAGCCAACUUAGCAAUACAAGUUUGCUACCAAGUUCGUUAAACUCAACCAAGAAGUCGAAAAGACAAGAAGACAGACAAGAGAUCUCGAAUUAAAGUGUAAGAAUUCUCGGAAUCUUAAAGAGGAUUGUUUUCUGUAGAAUAGAUUUUGUAUUACAUAGUUAUGUAAUGUAUUUGUAUAUUUUACCAGAGUGAAUAGUUAUAAUAGGGAGCACUCAUAAAAGUUCUGCUAAAUUAGCAGUCUGGUCUGGUUACAUAAUAUUAGAGUGAUCCUUCUACCUAUAUUUUGUAUGGAUUGACUAGUAACUCAGAAAAUGCCAUUGGACACCAACAAUACUUUUAUUUGAUGUUAUCACUAUUAUAAUUUUCUACUCUAUAAUUUUACCAAACUGAUAAAGAAAGCAAUAAUUUAGAUAGCAACCAACAAACAUACACACUAAUUCAUCAUUUAAUUUAUAGAUAGGUAUUAUUUUUGGACCAAUAAUCAAUAAAUAAACCAAAAAAACAUUUUGUUCAGUAUUUAUAAGAAUUAAAGUUUGCAAAACUUACACAGGAAAAGAGAAUACAGCAAAUCUAAAAACUAUUCCUUACAAUUGUAGUAUUGGGGUGCGAAAUGAUUUUGAAGAAUUUGUUCUCCCCUCUAGUCCAAAUGUCGUCAAACAGAUUUUUUCAACAGGUUUUAUUAAAGUGAAAUAUAAUUAUACAUAUACCUUCAUUUUACUACUAUACUGAUAGUACCGAUUGUUACUCAAGAGCCGCCUUUGAAGGUAUAGCUGUAGAAAUGCAGAUUUCGGGAUCUAAAUUCUAUUAUUGUAUGGCUAAAUGAGCGUUACACGUCGAUCCUGUAAAUUUCAGAUGUCGGUCUCAGGAAAUAUGUCUGUCGUCGUCUCAAUAUCACCACGUUGUUCAUACAUUUUAUAUUAUAGCUGUGGCAGAGAGGCAGACAUAUUUUUUGAGAUAGGCCAUUUUAUAUUCCGUCUAUUUUUAGCGCCUGACAAUCGAAAGAGCAUUAGUUGAAUUUUUUAUACCUAAUAAAAUGUCUCUAACACUAAAUUAAGAAAGUGUUUGAAUUACUUCAUGAAUUUUCGCUAGUGGUAUCUUCGUAAGUAAUGUAAGUUCUAAUUUAAUUUAUAGUCGUUUUUAAAGAUGAAGCAUUUAGACUGAAAUCGCUUAUUUGUGUGCAUCUUAUAAAGAUAAAUAAGCUAUUAUUUUUCUACAAUAAACGAUUACCUACGUACUAGUGUCACAGUGAGUAGGUAGUUAACGAUAUCGAUUUUUAUCAAUUAGCGUAAAUUUGCUCUUCCGGCGUUCUUUAAUUGUUUACUUUAUCUAAAACAUUCUUACGACUAUUUACACAAAACAACCUGCAUUACAGACAUAACUAUAUGUAUUAAGAAGAAGUAAUGGCACAACGAAGACUUUGUGUAACUAGUUGCAAGUGCUGAUGCAUAUAAAUACUAUUGUUAGUGUAAAUUAAUGUAUUUGAACUGCUUGUAAAUCAGAUGCAAUGCAAUCACUUGCAGGUAGGGUAAAUUGUCCGUAUUUGGGGGUUGAUUUGUUGUAAUCUAAAAAUACACGACUACCCGUAGCCCUUUCAACGCCAUUUUUCAUACAAAAAUGUCUCCUGCGUUAGCAGGUUUCCUAAAAAUGCGAUAAUAUGAAUCUUAUUUCAAUGUAUGAAGGUCGUUCUUACAGCAUACGCCAUGACAAUUGUACUUCCAGUCUCUUAGCACUGUGGGCACAUUUUGUAACGUUUUGUUUUCUUGGCGUUGAAGGGGUUAAUCUAUUUUAAACGAUCUUAUCAAUAGACAGCUGCCUGUCAAAUGAGUCAUGUAGUCAACAGGUGUUAUGAAAUCAUUAGAAGUUUUUAUUAUUUGUAAAUUUCAAGUACCUAAUUGCAGUUCAACGUUAUUAUAUUUUCUAUUGUUAAAUAAAUUCCGUCAAAAUGUGUCAUC